AUCGGUGCCAGUUAAUUCCAACCCCAACUGUUCUAUAUAGACCAAGUGCCCCUCAAAACAUCCAUCACAUUCAAAUAUAGAGAGGUAGAAGAGAAAUCUCAUCGGAAAAUAGAGGAAAAGGUCCAUCAUCAGAGAUGGCUACUACUCAUCUGAUGGAGGACGAAGCACUAGCAACAGCAGCAAAACAUGCACCAGUCACUUAUGAGAGGAAAGUCAGGGGGGACUUGGAAACCACCCUUCCAAAACCAUAUCUUCCCAGAGCCCUGGCUGCUCCAGACACAAACCAUCCCGUGGGAACACCCGGACAUCAGAGCCGCAACUUGAGUGUUCUUCAGCAGCAUGUUGCGUUUUUUGACCAGGACGAAAAUGGGAUCAUCUACCCUUGGGAAACUUUUGUUGGAUUUCGAGCUCUUGGUUUUAACGCGAUCGCAUCUCUUAUCCUGGCUGUUUUCAUCAAUGGAGCUCUGAGUUAUGCUACUCUCCCUGGGUGGUUUCCUUCUCCGUUCUUGCCCGUAUACAUUCUAAACAUUCACAAGGCUAAGCAUGGUAGUGAUACUGGAACAUAUGACACAGAGGGAAGGUUUACACCGGCAAACAUUGAGCAAAUGUUUAGCAAAUAUGCUCGUACAGAACCUGACAAGUUCACCCCGAGAGAAAUUUGGAACAUGACUGAAGGAAAUAGAGUUGUAUUUGACUUCUUCGGAUGGUUUGCAAGUAAGUUGGAAUGGGGAAUUUUGUACGUUCUAGCGAGGGAUGAGGAGGGUUUUCUGUCUAAAGAAGCUGUGAGACGCUGCUUUGAUGGAAGCUUAUUCGAGUAUAUUGCUAAGAAGAACUACAGUGAUGUUUCUGAAGCUAAGAUGAGAUAAAGAAUCUGUUGUACCGAAUUUUUGUAUGUAUUUGUGUUUUGAGA